CGAGUGUAUGCGCUGUCCGUGGCAAUGACCACCAUCACGACCACCAUUACGUGAUUCACGCUCGACGAUUGGCGCAGAAUACGCAACACGACGAGGCCAACAGUAUAGCCGACAAAGAUGCGAGCACCCUCGAUGCUAGCGAGCUGCCUGGCAACCAGCAUCCUUGCCGUUGCGUUGUUGCCGACUGCGCUAGGCAAAGCGGUAGACUUGACGUCGACGAAGGAUUUCGACGCCUUUGUAGCGCUCAAGCAGCCGGCCUUGUUGGAAUUCUUUGCUCCCUGGUGUGGGCACUGCAAGAAGCUAGCGCCUACCUACGACGAGCUAGCAGCCGCUUUCGGAAACGAUGGCAAAGCGUCUGCUACGACCAAGGUGACGAUUGCCAAGAUUGAUGCCGACAAGAAUAGGGAUUUGGGAAAUAGGUUCGCAAUCAAAGGUUUCCCUACGCUCAAAUGGUUCGAUGGACAGGACAUCGACAAGCUGGAAGAUUAUGGAGGCGCAAGGGAUCUCGAUACGCUGGCCAAGUUCGUUGAGGAAAAGACGGGAAAGAAGAGCAACAUCAAAUUGCCACCCCCGCCCGUCGCUGUUCAACUCGGCAGGGACAAUUUCGACAAGAUCGUCCUCGAUGACUCUAAGCACGUGCUCGUCGAGUUCUACGCUCCCUGGUGCGGACACUGUCAAAAGCUGGCGCCCAUCUACGAGCAGGUGGCAAAGGACUUUGAGAAUGAAGAGGAUGUCGUCGUAGCGCAGAUGAACGCCAACGAUCCUGCCAACAAUGAUAUUGCGGUCAAGCAUGGUGUGUCCAGCUAUCCAACCAUCGUCUUCUUCUCAAAGGACAACAAGGAAGGCGUGCUGUACCAAGGCGGUCGCGAUGAAGACUCCUUUGUCAAAUUCCUCAACGAUAAGGCCUCCACCUUCCGUACCGCCGGUGGCAAGCUGUCCGAAUUGGCAGGCAGACUGCCCAUUCUGGACAGCAUAGCUACCAGAUUCUUCAACGCCCCACUGGGAGAAAAGAGGCGCGACAUCGUCUUUGAAGCUUUGAACAUGUUGGAAGAUUUGAAAAAGAGACCCAACACGACCAAGGCCAAGGAAGCUGCUGCGGACUACUACAUGAAGGUGAUGGACAAGGUGACGCUGAACCCGUCCUACGUGGAGAAAGAGACCAAACGACUCUCUACGCUACUCUCCAAGCACACGUCCGGUGCCGCAGCUCUGGCAUCUAGCAAAGUAGACGAGAUUACGCGCAAGGUCAAUGUGCUAGGAGCUUUCAGAACCAUUCCGGAAGAGAAUCUAAAGAGGCUCGAAGAGGUUGCGAAGCAGGCCAAGGAGAAGAUGCAGCAGGCUGCCAAGGAGGCUGGCAUCAGAGAACCUAGCACGGCUGAAAAGGUCCAAAAGAGUGCAAAGGAGGCUGCGCAGCAGGUAAAGGAGAAGGUGGCAGGUCACGCUCACGAAGAGCUCUGAGCGAUUGCUGCACUCUGAGCCGAACAUCUGAUUGCUGCGCAACGAGAACACUAUGUAUACCGUGCCAGCCGAAAAGUGGACGCAUGAUUGACCUAAUCGCUCGAGUUGAGAUGAUCAUCUCGUGAUGAAGAGGUGUGAUGAAUUGGUGGAAUGUGCCAUCCGAGCUAGUGUUCCCUGAGCGUGUCGCCAGCAUGGGAAGGCUGCAACGCGCGCGAAACUCCGGCGACUAGCAACAGCAGCAGCAGCAGCGCUCACCUGAUGCAGAUCACGCAUCGAGUCCCGUCGUCGCUCACGCAACGCGCUUGCAGCUCCCUACCAAAAUCUCAGAUGCC